GCUAAUUUAACCAGCUCCCACUUAAAUCAAGAAUUGACCAGUAUUAUUGUUUAUACCUACAGCCAGGCCAAAUGCAGGCAAGAAGAAACCUCAGCAUUUGAGGGACACAGGAGUGUGUGUAUGUGCAUGUAUGUGCACCUGCAUAUGUGUGUGUGUGUAUCUACACACACAUACACAGGAGCGUGUGUUUCCUCUGCUCCCUCCAUCUCUCCUCUCCCUUCCUUAAAGAAUUCAGCCUGUGGCCACUAGAGGUCUUUUCUUUUCACAUGGUAGCUGCCGAGCAGUUUGUUCGGCUUUUUAUUUAUUCCUACGUGAGCAGACCCACUACACUUCUUGCAUAUAAACAGUGAAAAUUACAAUAUAAAGGGCUUAUUAUUCCUUCUUUUGGAGUAAUUCUGCUUCUGGUCAAAGCCUGGCUCACUGUACAAGGAAGGGGGACCAUCCUCUGCAGGUAAUUCCACUGCUUCAAGGUGCUCCUCGCCUGCUUGUAGACUGGCUUGUCUCAGACCCAGCCCUUGAGGCCAAGCAAACAUACAUCAUCCUGGAGGCUGCAGACAUAGCUCACUGCCCACAGGUGAACUUCAGUCAAGAUACCACAACAGGGACUCUGCCCACUGAAUCCCCAAUGAUUCCUCAAUCCUGUCGUCGUCAUAUCCCACUGGGUUUUGUGAGGCUAUUUAGGAAGAUAAGUUUUCUUCACUGAAGAAAAGAGAGACAGCAUGAAAGAAAACAAUGGCCCCAAAGGAGGAAUCUGUGAUUGACAUAAACGGGAGUGUUCCCUUGGGAGCAUCAUGUAUCAUCAAAGAAGCAAACCCCCAGGUCAUUUAUUUAUCCACCUAUUUACCUGCUAUGAAAAGAAGAUAUGUUUAAGUUUCCUACGGUUUUACACUGGAAAUUAAUGCUCUGGGGGAAAAAAAGCUGUAUAUUCUAGAUGUAGCAGGUUUCUUUUGGAAUUCAUUCACCGGGAGCCUGGCACUACCCCCUAAAUGGUACUUUUGUUGUCUUUUUAUUCAAGACGGCCAGCUUCUUCCAAGAUCAGAACCACAUGCCAGCCUCCCUUGAUCAACAGCCUCCCAGCUCUCUUGGUACAUCAGAUGUUUAGUAGUUAGCCUAACUCAUUUGUUUUUCCAAGCAGCAAUUAUAACUACAAUGAAUUAAUAUUUUAACUGCAGGGGAAGCAUUACAGACAGCUCCUACGUAGACUCUAGAGGCUGGGAAUGGCCAACGGGAUUUCCCAUACUAAAAGAAGAGGACCACUCCAACCUGGCCAGCAGUUCUCUAUGUCUGAGAUGCCAUCAUUAGAUACUACUCCAAAGACCUAAGGGAGAUGUGUCCAGGAGAAGUGUAUGGUCCUGGUCCUUCCCACUGAGGCUCAAUGGCCCAGCAAAAUAUGAAAGUGAGACCUGUGCUUCUAAAGCGCAACAGUCUAGAGUCAGUGGAGUUUGUGAAACAACCUCACCACCGCAGGAGCAAAUCCCAGCAGGUGAGAUUCAAGGAAGAUGGGACCACUAAGAAUCCAACUGGCCUAGCUGAAGUUGACGUCCGAACUCCAGAAGACCCAGCUGUGAUGGGGAAGACUCAAGCAACCAGGCACCAUCAUCCCCCCACCUAUUCGCUCUCCUUCCCCAGGUCCCAGAAGGCAGGGGACUUUCGCAACAUUGCGAUUCAAACUUCCCCCAGUCUCAGGAAGCAUUUCCCAGUUUUCAAAAGGAAGAAACUCACAGCCAGCAAGUCCCUGGUGGAAAUGCCGACAGCAUCCCAAAGUGCUAUCCAGGUCAACGGCAACCUCUCUGAACAGGACAUUGUGUCUUCUGACCUAGCCUACUUAAGGUUGGCUCAGCAUCUUGAGGAUGGGCCUCGAAGGGUCAAAGUGUCCCAUGCAUUCCUCCCAAGGGUCCCCAAGGUGCAAAGCAAUGGGCCUGUUAGCAUAUGCUUGGAAGCAGGAACUUGGAGGUCCUUAGAGAAAGCCACAGCUGCCAUUCAGGUUCCAGAUGAUAUUUAUCACAGUCCUUCCUGGGAAGCUAGAGAGUCUGCUGUCAGCCCAGACAGGUCAGCUGAAGUAAGUACCUCCAUACGCCCUUUGGACAACACAUGUCCAGGUGGUGGGAGAAGGGUGACUCCAACAGUUUCAGAAAAAUCCACCUCCUGCUUAAAUGCCACCAGCGGUGCCAGCCACACACCAGGAACAGAGAAACUUAAACCUGAAUUGCUUUUGGCCAAAGACAACUCGGAUGACAAAGACCUUGGCCCACUGUCACCUCAGUCAAAGGAAACGUGUGUUCCUUCACCUCCACGGACUCACAGUUCCCCCUCACCAGGCUCCCACAGCCAGCCAGCCCACCCAGGAAGAACCUCAGACUGUCCUUCAUCAAGUACUAGUCACCAGAAUCUGUUGUCACUCAAAACUAACACUACAUCAAAAUCUGCCCCUGGGUAUCAGGAGCAGAUGGCAAACAACCCCACCCCUCCAGAGUCAGACACCCUGGAGUUUCCAAAGUGUCCAGGAAGUAAUCACCUCCCAUCCUUUCUUCCAAGGAGUGAGACCAAACUUCAGAGCAACAGGGAGAUUAGUGACAUUAAUGAAAUUCACCUGGCACGGGGUGAACUCUGCGACCUCCAAGGCCGGCUGCAAUCUGUGGAGGAAUCUCUGCACUCCAACCAAGAGAAAAUUAAAGUCCUAUUGAAUGUCAUUCAAGACUUGGAGAAAGCUCGAGCUCUCACUGAAGGGCGCAACUUUUAUCGAACUGGCCAAGAUCUCAACAAUUGCAGUACCUGCCAGAACACGGCGUGCAUCAUAUACAGUGUAGAGUAUGAUUUCCGGCAGCAGGAGGGCAGGUUCCAUGAAGUUCUACAGAGUCUGGAGGAAGCAGAACCAGUUGAAGAGGCAUCGCCUCCACCAAAGUCCCCAGCAGAACCCCCAGUCCCGGAAAAGCAGGACUUAAGGCGGAAAACCAAGAAGGUGAAAAAGAAAUGCUUCUGGUGGAUCUGAGCUGGUUGGGACCAUC